GUGUAUCAAUCAGAUCCUGGAGAGUGUCCACCACAUGCACCAGCAUGACAUUGUGCACAGGGAUCUCAAGCCAGAAAACCUGCUCCUGGCCAGUAAGCUGAAGGGAGCUGCAGUAAAGUUGGCUGACUUUGGGCUGGCCAUCGACGUGCAGGGAGACGAGCAAGCAUGGUUCGGUUUUGCAGGCACUCCAGGCUACCUCUCUCCAGAGGUCUUGAGGAAGGACCCCUACGGCAAGCCGGUGGAUAUCUGGGCCUGUGGUGUGGUCCUGUACAUUCUCCUGGUGGGCUACCCUCCCUUCUGGGAUGAAGAUCAGCACAAGCUCUAUCAGCAGAUCAAGGCUGGGGCCUAUGAUUUCCCCUCCCCAGAGUGGGACACAGUGACCCCCGAAGCCAAGAACCUGAUCAACCAGAUGUUGACCAUCAACCCUGCCAAGAGGAUCACUGCUGACCAGGCUCUCAAGCACCCAUGGAUCUGCCAACGUUCCACUGUGGCUUCCAUGAUGCAUCGCCAAGAGACUGUGGAGUGCCUGCGCAAGUUCAACGCCAGGCGAAAACUCAAGGGAGCCAUCCUUACCACCAUGCUGGUGACCAGAAACUUCUCAGCAUGCAAAAGUUUACUAAACAAGAAGUCGGAUGGUGGAGUGAAGGAACCACAGACCACUGUCGUGCACAACCCAGCUGACGGCACCAAGGGCUCUACAGAGAGCUGUAACAUCACAGAAGAGGAGGAUGUGAAAGCUCGCAAACAGGAGAUCAUCAAGAUUACUGAGCAGCUGAUUGAGGCCAUCAACAACGGAGACUUUGAGGCUUACACGAGAAUCUGUGACCCCGGACUAACCUCGUUUGAACCUGAGGCUUUGGGAAACCUGGUGGAGGGCAUGGACUUCCACAARUUCUACUUUGAGAACUUGUUGAGUAAGAACAGUAAGCCGGUCCACACCACCAUCCUGAACCCCCAUGUGCACCUGAUCGGGGAGGACGCGGCCUGCAUCGCCUACAUCCGCCUGACCCAGUACAUCGACAGCCAGGGGCGCCCGCGCUCCUGCCAGUCAGAGGAGACCCGUGUGUGGCACCGCCGCGAUGCCAAGUGGCUCAACGUGCAUUUCCACUGUUCAGGAGCGCCUGCCGCACCUCUCCAGUGAACCUUUAUCAGACACAGCUUUGCCUGAAUUCUGAAGCCGAUUGGAGCAUUUUCUCAGUGGUCGGAUUGGCGCCAAGAGCCCUGCCAGAAGAGACCGCUUGGAAGUUUAAAAUCUAAGGGGAAAACAUAACAAAAUAAAAUAUUUUAAAGCCGACCGACUGACAACACCACCACCACCACCACUCCAGUCCAACCCGAGCUAUAUGUUGGGGGCCGGCUGUAGCCGAAGCCCUGCCCUCCGGACGGUGCAUGCUUCUGACGCCCACAGGGGGGCGCUGUCUUGUCCUUUUUCCAUGGAUCCAUAUUUUUUGCAGUUUUGAAAGGUGUUUAAAGUAUUAACAUAUGUAAAAUAAAUUAUCAAAAAACAUUCACAUUUAAUCAGCAGGUAUGGUAGUAAUGAUUAAAGAAAAUAAAUGUGAAUUUUCUAUAAAAAAAAAGAGAAAAAGGAGCACACCCUAAUUUUUGUGGUGGUUGUUUUUUUGUUUGUUUCACAGUUAACAUAUCUAAUUAUUUCUUUUGUUGGAUGCAAACAAAUGCUAGAAGGGAACAUUUCUGAAAAACGAAAAGCUCGAUUCAAUCCGUAUCGCAGGUUCAGCGCUAUGGCGCGAUUGAAAUUUAAAGGUAAUUUUUAUGAUUGAGCUGACCGAUGCAGCGUUUGCCGUGAAUGCAGUCUCCACGAACGUGAGCACAUUGCCUUUAAAUCUCAAACGCGUUAUAGUGCUGAACUACCGCGAUACGAAUUGAACCAAGCUCUAAAUUGUUACUUACAGUAAUAUCAACAUUUUAGACAUUGUUUUAAUGUAGAUGUUAUCUUUUUAUGGGUCGGGUGCGUUGCAGAAGGGACUCUUUUUUUUUGUAUUCUGAUGUGUUAUUGUGGACCUCUUCAUUUUUAUCCCCUGAAUGAUGCUGUAUUUGAAAGUAUUUUGUGUGUGAAGAUUUUUUUUUAAUGGGGACUUUAUUUAAUAUAGUAAUGUAUACAUAUUUAUAAGGAGAAAGACUUUACUUUCAGGGUUUGGAUGCGUGUGUGUGAAGGUGUGUUCUCAUGUCCCUAUAGCUCCCUUUUCAAGCUCUUUUGCGCUUUGAGAUCCCCGGUGUAUGCACACAUGCAUGCUCACACAAGGCCCAAAAUCCAGGUCACUGUGCUGUGCCCUUUGGGUAUAUAGACCAGCCUGCUCCUCCAGCUACAGGCCACAUUCUCCUGACCAGCACAACCUGAAGUUGCAGAACACUACUAUUGGUUCAGUGUGCCGAGUUUGCCUUCUUCCUUUUGGCCACUAGAGGGCACAUGACACAAUCAAGCCUACUGCUACUAUUCUGACGGAGACCCCAAACCACAAACUCUGAACGCUCGUACACCUCUCCUUCCUAUUGUUUUCAUCAUGUUUGAUAAAACAUUUUUUGGGGAAAUAUGGAAAAAUGUAAUGAAAUCUAAAAUGGCCGGUACUGUUUGGCACAAACUUGAGACUCAAUGCUGUUCUGUUCACUCCCCGGAUGAACGUUUCUGCAACUUCAGGUUAAGCUUACUUACUCCUGGGGUCUCUACCUGUGUUUCUGUAGUUAGCGACCCUGCUAAUCAGCUUUCUAUUAGCGCCACUCAGUGUGAUAUCACCCUUUGCCUGUCUCUUGUUCUGGUCCCUGUCCUGUUCUCGAACAUUGUAUAUUAUUGUCUGUCUUCGCUUGCCAUACCUCUCUGUAAAGUCAUUGGCACUAAAAGCAUGUGAAAAUGAAAAUGCUGUUGAGUUGUCCGGUGGCUGGUGGUGGCAUGUCGAACAGCUGGCUGGGGAUGGGCCGGGAGGUGGAUCGGGGGCCACGCUUAAAGCAAUCAAUGGAUUGGUCCCUUUAUCCCGGUUUCAGUUGUAACUGUUCUAGAUGUUAGUGUUUGUACUGUUAUGAAUAAUCCAUUUCUUUUUGAGAUUGGAGCUGUAACUAUGGGGAGGCAGUUGAGGUGGGGGUUGGGGCUCAGGCAGCUGGCCAAUCACACCCAAGCCUCCCCUGUCCAACCCAAUUCCCACAAUACACAUAUGUGGAAUCAACACACACACAGUGCACUCCCGAUGCAAAUUAUAUUUGAAUAUAUAUACACUGAACAAAAAUAUAAACGCAACAUGUAAAGUGCUGGUCCCAUGUUUCAUGAGCUGAAAUAAAGA